AUGCCUGAGAAUAAAAAAUCAUCUACUACGUCAUUACCUUCAUCUCAUCAUCAUCUAAAAAAUUUAAAACAACAAGACAGAAAUAGGAACCUUAUAAACUUAGUAAUAGAUUUAAUUAAUAAUAACGAUCAUGUUGCUCUAGCAUAUAUUGCAAGAAAUGAUGGUAUCCCUCCGCAAUUAAGACAUCUGGUAUGGCCCAUCUUACUUAAAUAUCACCCAAUGUCCAUAUCUCCAAAUAUUGAUCCAAAUACUGUCACUUGGGACUCCAUGACAAAUAAAUAUCAUGUCAUUGAGAAUUCAAAUAAUAUAAGUAUCAAUUCUCAUACCUCAAGGAAAGUAGCUUCAUUAUCCUCUUCAUCACCUUCUCCUUCUUCUCCAGAAGUAAAAGAGAAAACAAAGGAUCCAAAUACGAAAGAUUUAGAAUCAAUCAUCUUACAUGAUUUGAAAAAAUAUUUCCAUUACAAGAAAACUAAUUCUCAUAAUAAAAUAAAUCAUUCAACAUCAAAUGUAUCUAAUGAUACCAUGACCUCUCCUUCACAUAACAAUAAUAACAAUGAAAAUAGUAACGAUACGAAGUUGAUACCGAAUAUUAAUGAUGAAAAUGAAGUGAUAGAUUUAUUGAAAACAGCUAUACUAAACUUCUUAUCUAAAUGGUCAAGAAUAUUUAAUUAUGAACUGGGAUUAACUUGGAUUGCAUUAGGUUUAGCUGAAUGGUGCUCUCCAUGCAACUCUGACAAUGAUGACAGUAAUAAUAAUAAUGAUGAUGAACUCGGUCCUUUAUUAUUAACUGGGAAAAGAUAUUAUCAUCAAAAAAACAAACUUUUAAUGAUAUCUAACCAUCAUAAUAAUCAUAACAAAGAAUCGAAAGAUGAGCGCUCCUUAUCAUUAAAUUAUUUGUAUCAAGAAUAUCCACUACCUAAUCAUAUCCGAAAGAGAUUAAAAUUAAAUGAUAAAAAUUCACAUCUUUUCAAUUUCGAUCAACUAUUUGAAAGGCUAUGUCUAAUAAUUUUGAAUUGCCCGGAUACUAAUUUAGCAAACACAAAUAUUAAUAAUGAUUUCCCUCCAAUUGAUAAAAUUUCAAACUUAACAAAUUAUUUCCCAAUCCUUUCUGGUGGUGAUUUAUCAUUCCAAACUCAAAUCUUCUUUAAAGUAUUUUCAUCCAUAUUACCAGAAUUAUAUCAACCUUUAACGGAGGAAAGUUCUUUACAACCAACUACAAUCAAAAACAAAUGGCUUUAUUGGUGGUUGAAAUUUUCAGGUGCAAAAGCUUUACAAAGACAAGAUAGAGGUAGAUUAUGGGAUAUAUUAUUAGGUUGGAGACCAAAACCAACAGUAGAAUCAAUCAAUUUCUUCUUAAAUUAUAAUACCAAGAAAUUUGAUCAACUUUAUUCAACAACACAAUAUCAACUUAUAGAACCAUUUUUGAAGAAAAAUGACCCAUUUUGGUUCCCUGAUUUGGAUUCUGUCGCAAUGGGAUCUAAACAAUUUCCCUACGAUUAUAACAUCUUCAAAGAAAUUCUAUUUAGAAAUAGAUACGAUGGUACAAAUUCCAAAAAUUCAAGCACAAACACGAUGAAUACAAACACAAACACAAGCACAACAACAACAACAACAACAAUAGCGGCAAAUAUUCCAAUGAUACCGUAUUCAUUGAUUGACCCUCAUAUUGAAUUAAUUUUUAUCUAUAUUGCCAUCCUACAAUAUAAUGAAUUUAAACUAUUAGAAUUUGAAGAAACUGAAAUUUCAGAAUUCUUAAGUAAUAUUCCAAUGUUAUCCAAGACAGAUGAUUUCAAUUUUAGAAAAUUAUACGAUCCAGAUUCUUUAAAUAUACCCACGCCAUCCACCAUUAUAAAUCGGAGUACAACUACUACUACUACAACUACUGCGACAUUACCACCAAAUGAUAAUUUAUUUUCACAACCUUUAAAACCUACUUCAAUCAACGCAAAUGAUAAUACAAAUAGUAGUAAUAACAACAUCGCUACAUCGACAACUUCAUCAGCAUCGGCUUCGUCUUCUCAUAUGAUGAUAGAAUUAGGCAAUGAUGGUAAGUCUUCUCAUUCAUUUAAUAAUAUUUUAAAUAAUGCCGGUGAUAUUUGGAGGAAAUGGUUAUAUAGAGAAUUGGAAGAAACUUCAACAAAUGAUUGA